UCCUCACUUUAUUCAAAUGCCAAGCUCCUUUUGUGAGUCUCAAAACAUCCCAUGGCCCAUUUCCUCAUUCAAAAGCUUCUUUUACCUUUGGUAUUUUCAGUCCUCCCACUUAAAAAACCACUCCCACCUUACCCCAUCACUUCCUUCCAAGGUCUUUCUUCUCUUCACUUCUUCCAAGAUGCCUUCCUCCCCACCCCAAAUGUCACCACAGUCUGAGGCACCACCAAGAAAGCAUGGACUUCUGCCACCACGCCACCGAACCAAUCCUAUGAUAUGGUGUGCAGCUGUUCUCUGUGUCAUAUUUAGCCUUCUUCUCAUCUUCGCAGGGAUCGUCACCCUCAUUGUCUUCUUAGUGAUCAAACCAAAGAAUCCAUUGUUCGACACCACCAGCGCAACCAUUAACAGCGUCUACCUCGACUCGCAGGCCUAUUUGAAUAGCGAUCUCACCUUCCUCGCCAACUUCUCCAAUCCAAAUCAUAAAAUGGAUGUCAUGUUCGAGUACUUAAGCAUUGAAUUGUACUUCUACGACAGGCUUCUCUCGGCACAAGCAUUGCAGCCUUUUGCUCAGAGGAGGGGAGAGUCGAGGCUGGAGUCGGUCCACAUGAUAUCAAGCGAAGUUUACUUGCCACCAGAGCUCAUCAUGGAGCUCCGAGAUGAGGUGAGGAGAAACAGGGUUGUGUAUAAUAUUAGAGGAACUUUCAGGGUCAAGGUCAGUGUGGGGGUUGGCCAUUUCUCAUAUUGGCUUUAUGGGCGAUGCCAGAUCGAGCUCACUGCUCCUCCUAGUGGAGUUUUAGUGGCCAGAGGUUGCAGAACAAAGAAGUGAAGGUAUGUAGUCGGCUAUUGGGAGUGAUUGAUGUAUGGUGAAGAUGGAGAAUUUGAUAUAUGAGUCUCCUUGCUCAUAAAUUCUUUUAGACUCUAUUCAUCGCA